AUGGCAGAGGGUUCCAACUACGACUACCUCUUCAAGGUUGUCUUAAUCGGCGACUCGGGUGUCGGCAAGUCCAACCUUCUCUCGCGUUUCACCCGUAACGAGUUCAACCUCGAGUCCAAGUCGACCAUCGGCGUCGAGUUUGCGACCAGGAGCAUCAACGUUGACGGCAAGACCGUCAAGGCGCAGAUCUGGGACACUGCCGGCCAGGAGCGCUACCGUGCCAUCACGUCGGCGUACUACCGCGGAGCGGUCGGUGCACUGCUCGUGUACGACAUUGCCAAGCACUCGACGUACGAGAAUGUGACCCGCUGGCUCAAGGAGCUCCGGGACCACGCCGACACGAACAUUGUUAUCAUGCUUGUGGGCAACAAGAGCGAUCUCAAGCACCUCCGCGCUGUCUCCACCGACGAGGCCAAGGCCUUUGCCACCGAGCAGGGCCUCUCGUUCAUCGAGACCUCGGCAUUGGAUGCGUCCAACGUCGAAGCUGCGUUCCAGAACAUCCUGACUGACAUCUACCGCAUCGUCUCGUCCAAGUCGCUGGAGUCUUCAGGCGACGUCAUCAAGCCGUCGGGCGGCGAGACCAUCAUUGUCACCCCUUCGGAGGGCGACGGUGGCAAGCAGGGCAACGGCAAGUGCUGCUAA